AUGCAGCCUACUAAGAGCACAGUGCAGUCUAGUAGUAGAACAGUGCUGUUUAGUAGUAGUACAGUGCAGCCUAGUAGUAGCACAGUGCAGCCCAGUAGUAGCAAAGUGCAGCCUAGUAGUAGCACAGUGCAGCCUAGUAGUGGCAAAGUGCAGCCUAAUAGUAGCACAUUGCAGUUUAGUCGUAGCACAAUGCAGCCUACUAAGAGCACAGUGCAGUCUAGUAGUAGAACAGUGCUGUUUAGUAGUAGUACACUGCAGCCUAGUAGUAGCACGGUGCAGACUAGCAGUAGCACAGUGCAGUUUAUUAGUAGCACAGUGCAGCCAAGUAGUAGCACAAUGCAGGCUAGUAGUACACACAGUGCAGUUUAG